AUGCCUGUCAAAUCACUUUCAAUGAAGCCCGAAGAAGAAAAUGGAAGCAGAGUAGUGGUUUUUGCAUCAGUGCCGAAACCUAGCGACCUUUGUUGCAUAGUUGCAAAGGUCAACGUUUCGGAAAAGCGCGAUAGUUCCGCGAAAUCGGACUAUCAGUGGCAGAUCCUGAAGUGCAGGCAACUUAUAUUUUCAGUACCUGAAAUAAUUGCCUCUCCUGUACUUGGUUCACAAGGCUGGAUUUAUGUUGUUACAACCAAAGGAAAUAAAGCAGCAGGCAGACUUGAUAUUCACCUACAGAAAUUUGGAUUAAUUGAACAAGGACCAAUCCAUCUUUCAAAUUCUAUAUACGAAGCAUGUCUUCGGUAUACUCUUGUUGCUCACAUAGCUCCUCUCUGGAAUCAAGUUGACACUUAUUUAGUACAAGGAAGAGAUUUUCUGCUGAGCACUUGUCCUUUGAAUGCUGUAAAAUUAGAAGUUGCAGUUAAAGAUGAAGAGGUUCUCCUUGUAAUUUGGCCAUUAAGGAUGAAGUUACCUCAUUUGAAACUAGAGGAAAUGGAAAUAAUACCAUCAAUCUGUCAGGACUUUUUUUCCCAUAAAAUUUCAGUAAUAUCUGAAAUGUCUAUAAUACCACAGUGGGUUCAUGUUUUGCCAAGUAUGAAGAAAGGAAAAGUUGUCUCUGUAUCACACCACUUACCUGAAAGUUCUCCAUUCAAAACUUACAAAGAGUUGAGAAGACAUUGGAAAAAUUUGUACGGUUACCGGUUGCCAGAAAGUGAUGAAAAUUUGAUUUAUUACAACGUCUUCUUUUUGCCUUUGGCACCAAAUCAGUACUCAUAUCCAAAUAUCUGCAUCUGCCAUAUGAAUGCUAUGGUGUUGAAACAAGUAAAUUUUGAGGCUGUAUUAAAAGAAUUCCUCAGAGAUGUGAACAAGAAAAUGCCUUCUGUGUGUGGUCAGUCAUUCAUUCUUAGUUGCCGUCUGGGAUAUGCUAUACCAAAACCUAUGGCAUUAAAUCAGUGUGACCUAAGUAACCCAACAGUUGCUGACAGUGCACCUGAUUUUCAAAUACAAGCUACAGUCAAUGAGAAGUGUGCUGAAAUUGGCAAAACCAAUCAGAUUAAGUAUGUUCCUAUAUUCAAGAAGCGCGUUUGUGUACCCUACAGAAGAACUCUGGAAGGACAACAUGAAUCAGCAAAGAAUGAUAUCAAUAACAGCUCUAGUAAAUAUGCAGAAAAAUGUGAUCAGCUAACAGGACAAAGCACUACAGAGAAACAUUCUACUUCUCUGUCGCAGUUACUGAUGCAAACCCAUGAGUCUUCGGCUCCUGCUACACUUCAAGUUCCUGUUCCAACAAGUAAGAAGCCUCGUCCACGCCCCCAAGUGCAGAAUGAUGUGGAUGUUGAGAUAUUGGCACGCAACAAUGACUUAGUGAAAGUCAACACUGUGACAUUAGUCAGUUGGCUUCGACAGAAAAAUGUACCCUGCAAAGUAAAAGACAAGAAAGGGGACCUAGUAGAAAAAGUGAUGAAUUAUCUUAACAGUCAGAAAAAUGAUAGUCAUUAA